ACAGGCAGAGUGAGCAAAACAGAGCCCUUCUUUCCACCGAGGGAGAGAGAGUAAUCAAGUUCCAUUUCAAUGGCAGUUUCUUCAAUGUCUACAAUCCUAAUCCCUUCUCUUCCGCUCUCCAAAUCUACUGCAUCUCCGACUUCCAAGCCAAAGCUCUCUUCUUUCUCUUUGCCCUCGGCCAACAGUGCCUUAAAGGUCAGAGCUUCAAGACCCUCGCAGUCAUCCACUAGGGUUUAUGCUGCUCCCGAAGUCCUCGAGUCCCCAGAAACCCUAGUCCCACCUCCAGAAACCCUUGAGGUUGGAAGUUCUGAGACCCCAAGCACUUCAUCACUCAGUAUUGGUGGAGAUGGAGAUAAGGCCUCACCCAAGCAGAAAAUCAGAAUUAAAUUGAGGUCUUACUUUGUGCCUUUGAUAGAAGAUUCCUGCAAGCAGAUCAUGGAUGCUGCAAGGAACACGAAUGCAAAAACAAUGGGUCCUGUACCCUUACCGACCAAAAAGCGAAUCUACUGUGUUCUCAAGUCACCCCAUGUCCACAAGGAUGCCAGGUUUCAUUUUGAGAUUCGUACCCACCAACGCCUCAUUGAUAUUCUAUACCCAACUGCACAAACAAUAGAUUCCUUGAUGCAACUUGACCUUCCUGCUGGAGUUGAUGUGGAGGUCAAGUUGUGAAGAAGAGGUGCAGUAGCUUAGGUCAAGCUUCCAAGAACAGCAAUUAUGAGAAAAUGGGAAACUUCUGGCCUUGGAUAUCAGUUAAAGAGUAGAGAUAAAGAGUUCGUCUUUCAUAUCCAUGUAGUUACAUAUUUCUUCUCUUUGAGGUAGUCAUGUUAGAAUUGUAUGAACCUCCUAAACAUGCAAUGUCAUUACCAUGUUAAUUCC